UGUUGUACGUCUCUCUGCGACCAGUCUGGGCCUCCAUAGUAAGAUGUGGCUGUGGGCAUUACUUCCUGUCUGCCUUUCUGUCUUUGGCAUAGUGAGUGUCUGGACUGUGUUUGGUAUAGCGGUGUCAAACGGGUCAGUCAACCUAACAGAGGGGUUCCCUUUUAUCAGCCAAUGUGGUAGUUACACGCCCCAGAGUUGCCUCUUCUCCCAGAUCUGCAACAUCUGUUCUGUUUUAGGUCUGUGGAUUGUGGUGAUCCGUUUCCAGCAGGUCAGAGACUACGGCGACCAUGGGAAAGCCAACAUCUCCAGCAUCGUUCUUGGUUUCAUCUCCUGUAUAGGAAUCUCUAUCCUGGGCAACUUCCAGCAAACAGUCCUAAUGCAAGUCCACCUCCUGGGGGCUUUCCUGACUUUCUUUGUGGGUUUGGCUUACUUCUGGGUGCAGCUGUGGCUAACCUACCGGGCUCAGCCGUGCCAGGACAGACAGUGGGUCGGACCUGCCAGGGCAACCUGCUGCACCAUCUGCACCAUCCUCAUCAUCACGAUGUCUGUCCUCCAUAACACAGGCCACCGCUCCUAUACGGCUGUGUGUGAGUGGGUCCUGGUCAUGGUGUUUUUCUGUUUGUUCAGCCUGUUCGCUGCUGAGUUCAGACAGAUCGACUGCCACCGGCUCACGGUGCAUUAUGGCUGUCAAUGAAUAUUCCACAAUGAAUAUAAAACUGAACUGUACAAAAAACCAAAAACAAACAACAGACAUUCGAGUGGGAAAAUUCAUACUCGUUUG